UCAAAGUCCUCAAGACCGCCUGUGAAGUUUUUAGCAUACGGUUUCAGCCAUGAUGUAGUCGUCAUAAUCCAGAAUUAAACACUGUGCAAUUCAGUGUAAACAAGAAGCGAAGGGACCAGUUGCGGUAACGCAUAUUUCCAGCGGUUAUACAUGAUAAUGAUCAGGAUCGGGGCUUUGAACCGGCGGUGGUCGACGACGAUUGCCGCCGGAAGAUGGCUGCGUUUUCACCGGGGAGCCACUUCGCAAGCUGCAUCCCAAGCACCAUCUCACCAGAAGCAGGUGGCCCCACCGGUGGUGAAGCCGUUCUCAGCUCUGCCAGAACCAAUGAAAGGACUGCCCUCCAUCCUGAAGUACCUGGUUGCCAUGUGUACCGGUGGUACGUCGAAAAAACCCCGACUAAAUAGCCACCUAAUGAUGGGCUACUUGUUCAAGACAUAUGGCCCUAUUUUCAGGAAUAAAUUUGGAAGCAUGGAUUCGGUGUCUAUCUGCGAUGCAGGUGCCGCCCGAGAGGUCUUCAAGGUAGAGGGAAAAUACCCGGAACGACAGGACAUUGCACCAUGGAGGCUGCACAGGGAAGUCUCCGGCAAAGAGACAACAGUCUUACUCAGCAAUGGCGAGAAAUGGCACAAGAACCGUACGGUGGUCAGCCGCCCGAUGCUCCGCCCCCAGAACGUAGCGACGUACGUGCAGAAGAUCGAUGACGUGGCGUCGGACACUCUUCAGCGUAUCCAAUCCAUCCGGGCUGGACCAGACGGCACGGAAGUGCUCGACCUUGAAAAUGAGCUCUUCAAAUGGGCCCUGGAGUCUAUCUCAGCAGUCUUGUUCAACGAGCGAAUGGGGCUCUUACAGGAUAACAUCCCCCGGGAGACAGAGGACUUCAUCAAUGCUAUACACGAUGUUUUCGACUCCAUCCAAGAUGCAAUGUUUCCAGAUGCACGAUUCAACAUGCUUCUAAACACUAAGGGUUGGCGAAAGAACAAGCAGGCUUGGGACACUGUCUUUCAGAUAGGAGAAAAAGUGAUGGACCGCCAGCUUCAGAGAGCUGAAGAGCGUCUGGCCCGGGGUGAACCAGAUGAUGAUGGACACCUUGACUUCCUGUCAAUCAUCAACAGCAGCGACAAACUCACAAAGGAAGAAAUCUACGCCAACACUAUCGAACUGAUGGGAGCAGCCAUUGACACUACUUCAACCACUCUCCUGUGGACCCUGUAUCAGCUGUGCAGCCGACCUGACCUACAGGACAAGCUGCAUCAGGAGGUCACAGAGGUCAUAGGUCAGGACAAGGUCAUCACCUGGGGUCACCUGAAGAACCUGCACCUCUUCAAGGCUGUCAUCAAGGAGACACUGAGGUUGAAUCCUGUUGGCUUUGUCAUAACUCGUGUGGUUCAGGAGGACACUGUUCUGAUGGGAUAUGAGAUUCCCGCAAAGACCACUGUGUUGAUGAGUCUGUAUGACAUGGCACGAGAUCCUCGACUCUUCAAAGACCCGGAGGAGUACCGACCCGAGCGCUGGCUCCGAGGUUCAGAAGACCGUGCUGACACCCAUCCCUAUGCCUUCCUGCCGUUUGGGUUUGGAACUCGCAGUUGUGUUGGACGUCGAGUGGCGGAAACAGAGUUGCAGGUACUCCUUGCAAAGAUUGUUCAGCAGUUCACCUUGAAACAAAGGAAUCCUCGAGUCAUUCCUGCCGUGACGAAAGGACUCUUGAUGCCAUCUGAGAAUAUGGACAUUUGCUUCAUCGAGAGGAAGUGAGCUAUUGAUUCUAUGGUGCCCAUUCAGAACAACAUGAAUGUACAAUGUAAUGUAUAUACAUUUGUAAGAAUUAUAUUAUAUAUGAACAAGCAGUCACGGCCACUAAACCACGUGAUUGUUUAGAUACUAUUAGGUGACCUAAGUACUUUUAAAUGGCAAACGUCUCUUAAGCGUUUGGGGACAGAUGCAUGUAACGAGUGAUUGACAUUUCUAUAGAUUUCUGUGAUUCAAUGAGGAGGAAGUUUGUGUUGAAGUGUUAAGGCAAACAUAACUGGUUCUGUCUAGGUGACUAACUAACAUAGUCACUGUAUAAGACUAAAGCAAAAAAAUUAAGACAACACACUGUAAAAUGAAUCCAGCCAGGAAAGGUCGUCUUGUUUAAAACACUUUUUAACAUUUUUUAGAUUAUUCACCUGCUGUACAUGAAGCAAUUAGAGUUUGUAAGUGGUGCCAGGUGAUUAUGAGAGUCUAUCAUCCUUUUCCCAUAAAACUGUUUGGAAAAGGGCCAAUAUGAGAGUCUAUUCAAUAGUGGCACCAAUCAACAUUGAUAGGAAGU